UUGGAUAAAAUGUGAAGUUUUUUCACCAAUCGGAUGGAAUUGAUCUGGGAUGGUGGAAGGAAUUCGCUGCUUCCACUCACGGAAUUCACGACGAUGCUGGCGCAAGUGACGAAGCGCGCGGUGUCCCGCACCUCGGUGAAGACGAUCUUGCCCCGAUGCUUGCCACACCUUCAAGCAGACACGCAGCAACGACGCUCAUUGCAUGCGACUCGUCGUCAAGAGAAUGCAAUUGUCGUUGGGAGCCUUGGAGUUGCAGCUGCCGCUCUCGGGGGCAAGUACCUUCUCGAAGCGUACGAAGGCUACAAAGCGAACAAGGCGGCGUCUGGCACCGACAAGUCGUCUGCGUCCUCUAGCAUGUUCAACAUGUCGUACCGCAACUUUUACGACGGGCCGUUUGAAGAAAAAAUGACGCGGCGAGAAGCGGCAUUGAUUCUGGGCGUCCGUGAAAGCGCAAGCGCCGACCGCAUUCGCAAUGCCCAUCGCAAGCUCCUCAUCGCAAACCACCCUGAUACUGGCGGGUCCACGUUCAUCAGUACAAAGAUUAACGAAGCGAAGGAGCUUCUCCUUGGUGGCAAAUAGUCACAUCGCUGCAUUCUUUUUGUUCAACACGUCUGGCCGUCCUCACCCUUGCUUCACAUGCCAUCGCUAGUUAGAGCGUCAGCCCGAGCUUGAACGCAGCCGCAGCCUUCAGCGCCACCACAUUGUCAGGCUCGACAUCGUACGUGGCGGCCAACAUAACAACAAUAUUCCGAAACGCUUUUUCAAAUUCCCCUUGCAGCGGCGCCAACAGCAGGGCGUCCGCGUCGUCGAUCGUGUGCGAGUUGCUGCUGCCACUUGCGCCGAUGACGGUACUGGCAUUGGUCGCGGUGGUCGGUAGCAUUCCGCCCAUCGACGGUGUUGGCCGGUGGUUUGUCCGUCGAAAAAGGUCACGGCUGAUUGCGAGCACAGCGAGCGCGACAUGAAGAAACUGGAGGAGCGCCGCGCGAAGCUCUGUCUGCUUUUCAGUCUGCGCAGUCGGUGUCAUCGGAUUCGCAUCUUUGUCCACACACACGACGCCCUUGGCGAGGAACAAUUGAAUCACUUCGGGCGCGCCGCCAUUGACUUCGGUGUUGAUGCUGCCUUUCAACAGAUGCGUGAUCGCCUUGAUAUCGUGGGGGAGGCCCUUUUCGUCGCGGUGAACAAUCUUGAGCAGCGAGACCGUCCGCUUGGCGAUGUCGUCGGUGGCCGUGUCGAUCGGGCACCGAAUCAUUUCCUCCUUUGCAACAACGACUUGCCGAAGCGACAGGUAUGGAAAGUCAUGGCGCACGUGCAGCACCACCUUGCGCACGAACUGGUGCUUGGCGACAGAAAACGGACUGCUCCACCUGCGACCGCACACGUUUUAGCCAACU